GAGAGCAUUCCUGAUCAGUUGAAAGAGUACAGUGGAUAGCACGAUCACAUCAGAAGCGUCUUCGAUCCAAAAUUCCCAGAAAGACGAGGACUUGCCGUCAAAAAUUUGGCGAAGAAUCCAAACCAGUGAUCGGCCAAACCCAAAACAGAACCCAGUGCCGACCUUCUAGAAAAGUCCACUCAGUUAGCUGCGGGAUGCGGAUUUAGGUAAUAGGAAUUAUCCUUAAUGGAACUAUCUCUUAUGACCCACGUGUUCACUUUCUCACAUGGGUGCCAUUAUCACAUCCACGUGUAACCGCCCUUAUUUAAUCUCAUUCCUUAUCCUACGGUCCCUCCUUCUCCACCUGUACCCUUCCCCGGCUUUUCCUCCGAACGUCUACGUGGCUCUCGCACGAGCCUCCACCGGCUUCUACUAUUAGUCAUUACGUCUCAUACUUUUCUAUCUUCUAGCUCUUUAUUGCAUUACCAAAUCCAAUGCUUUGCCACUUCUUUUUAACCCAAGAAGCCACAAAGGGGGAAUAAUUGUUUUCGAAAUAUAGCAGAGAUGGUGCGACAGAACGGUGCUCGAGGAGAGAGAAGAGAUGGUGGAUACAAGGGAGUGAGGAUGAGGAAAUGGGGGAAAUGGGUAGCGGAGAUUCGUCAACCAAACAGCAGAGGGAGGAUAUGGUUGGGUUCUUAUAAUACUGCUGAGGAAGCUGCUAGAGCCUACGAUGCUGCCCUUUUUUGCCUUCGUGGACCUUCUGCGACUCUCAAUUUCCCAAUGAAUCCGCCGGAUAUUCAUUUAACGACAGACCUUUCUCCGUUGCAGAUUCGGGAGGCCGCGCUUAGGCACUCCAGGAGGGGGGUUUCUGAGAUAACGGCGUCACAGGAUUUGAGUUCUCGGGUUCCGGCAUCUGGGUUGUUUCAGGAGUCGUCAGAACUGCGGGGAGAGGUUUAUUUGCCUUCUACUGAGCAUAGAGUAGAAAGUUUGGACAGGAUUUCGGGUGGUGCAUAUUAUCAAGCAUCUGGUGUGUGGACCGUUUAAUAGUUUUUUUUUUUUUCUCCCUUUUUUUUAAUACAUAUAUUUUAUAUCCCCUCCUCUUCUAUAAUAUACUGACUUUCUAGGGUCCAUCUGCUUAGAUUUCAUUUUGAGUUACACGGUGCCGGAAGGCAAGAAUUUUGUAUGGUUGUGCUUAGAAUAGAUAGCAGAGUUUGUCCAAAGGGAAGUUAUAAAGAAAAUCUUGUGCCUCGCACAGGUUCCACCAACUUUUCCCUCUUCUGAAACAUAAUAUUAACGGAGAUAGAAUUCAGUUUCA